GACAUGUGUGGCAACCCAAUGUGGAGUGCAGGCUGGGAGCCUGGGACAUGGUGCUGGGGCUAAGACAAAUCCGACCAUCAAUUUCCCCACAUGUGACCUUGAAAGGGAAGGCUAUGAUUCAUCCGCUCUUAGUCAUGAGGGAGAGAUGCUAUUAUGCAAUGAAAAAAAAUUGCAAAGGUUCGGUGCAAUGUGCAUGAACGAAGAAAAAGGAGACCGAAAAAUGACAAAUCCUACAUCAAAAGAAAAAAAUAAAAGCACCUCCAAUAGUUCUAGUAGGUGUCUAUUGUCUGAGAAACCCCCAGAGCACAUUUUUAAUGAUCGGCCAACGGUAGUAGAUAUGGUCCUCAUACGAGAGUUUGUGCUUGCACAGUAGGAAGGUAGUAGCGUUCAUUCAUCCCAUAUACACUUAUCAAACCAAUGAAGAACUAGAAUGCAUACCUCAUUGAUUUUUCUAUUAUGUUGAAUUAGGUUUUAGUAGGUUUGUUGGGGGACAAGCAAACACCUAAGUGUGGGGGAGUUUGAUAACACCUAAAAUAGGUGUUAUCUAUCUUCUAUUCCCAAGCAUUUUCAUUGUUUUGGGCGAUUCAGAGACGUUCCAACUGGUCACGGCCGUGACCAUCGGGUCACGCCCUGGAGGCCUUAACUGCCAUCAGCUUUCUAUAAAUAUCCUUCUUGCUACACUUUUCAAAUGAGAGCUGCCUUGGGGUGAGAAAAUUAGGGUUUUGGAGUGAUUUAGAGAGAAAAACACCUUGGGAGAGCUUCAUUGAAGAUCAAAUCAACCCAAGGAGAAGGAGCUUGAUUACAUCACUCCCCUCUUCUAGUUUUUAUUUUCUUCUUCUCUCUAAUGACUUGAAUCUCUAAUGGUUGUUUAGGGUAGAUGAACCCUUGUUAUAGGUUGUGAAUAUUUGGUUUAUGAAUGAAUGAAUGAAUGUGUUUGUCUAGUAGAUUCUCAAUGCCAAUCUUUCCUAAAUGAUGAUGCUUGGGUAAGUCGCCAUAAUCUUCCCUCUUAGCCUAAUUUAUGCAACUGUGCUGGGUAAGGAGUUCUAGGGUUAGACGGGUAUGCGCCAUCUGGCGAGUUUAGGUUAGAUGUGGGAAUGGGGGCCUAUAGAGGUUGAGGCGACCAAACCCCUGUUAUAGGUAGCCUUCCUAGAUGAAACCUGGGAUGAAACUUCGGUGUGGACGGUGAAUGGUGUCCAUUGAAAUGAGCCAUGAGCUUAAAGCCCCAGAUAGGAUAGCCUAGAUUGAGGUGACUGAAACAUGGGUUUAGGAGAGGAGUACUUGGAGGCGUGUGGAUAACGACGAAGGCCCACGGAAAAGAGCUCACUCACCACAUUUGAUUAACCCUAGUUUACAACCUUAGCUAUGAGGAUUCUACCCUAGGCAACCAUCUUAUCUCUAGCGUACUCCCAACCACUUGUUUGGUUGUUUAAUUUGCCUUAGGAGUCGGUUAAUUUAGUUAAAACCCCUCACCAAACUUCCAUCCUGAUUAUAUUGUAGUUCAGAGCAAAGUAAUAAUACACUUAGGGAUCCCUCCGAAUACGACCGAGCCACUUUACUACAACCCUAUCUAGGUUGUACUUGGCUUAGUUAGGAUUGAAUAGAGAGUGUGGUUCGAGUUUAUAAAUUUAAAGCUAGAUCGUGCACCCGAGGAGCGAUCUCCUUUCUAGAUCUACAUGACAUUACUCUCCACCCCUCUUUACUCUUCCAACCCACCUUCUUUAAUCUCAAUUUCUAGCAUCUUUUGAGAAUGAUUUUUAGUUGCUUUUGGAUUCCUGACAUGUCCCCCAGUAGGGUAAGGUACACCUUUCUAUAUUUUAUGUUUUUAAUACUUUAUCUUGCCCAACAUGUGUUGAAUGCUUGGAACUUUGAAUGCUCAUUCUCUACCUAGAAUGACAUCUUUUUGGCAUGAGAUUGUAAAGAGAACCAUCUAUGUUAUUUUAGAAACCUUAGUGGGUUGUUCCCAUGCAUUUAUGACAUUUUGAAAAACCACCCACCAAGUGUUCGUAGAAAGUCCCCAACAACAUAUAGUUCAUUAUUUUCAACCCUUUUGAUUAGAUAUCAACUUCCUAGCAUGGGGGGUGACGAUCAUUGAUUGUUUUUAUAUUGAUUUAGUGAUAUCCUUAAUUACAUUAUCUUGGAGCUAUCCCUCUAUUUAAUUUCCCUCUCUUGCCAAAUUCUUAGUCUCACUUAACUGUGUGUGGUGGUGGGGGGGGGGGGGGGGGGAGAAUUUAGAGGUCUAAUGAUAGUUCAUUGGAAUGUUGCCUUUUUGUCAUGUUAUUGUUGGAUUGAUGGUUUGUGCAAAUGUGUACCACUUGCUUUGAAGGAUAAUAUACAAGACCAAAAAGGCAUGGCCCAUGGUGAGCGCUCAUCCUCUCACACCUCUCGUCUUCUCCAAAGUCAAAAGAAGAAAACAAGGAAAUCCAAAUCAAAAGAAAUUUUUAUAGAAGAGCCUCAUCCAACCUCACAUCUUCAACAUCCAUCAAGGAUACUCGAUUAAGAUGAUCAAGCAAUUGUAGAAGGCGGCGUUGAGCACAUCACUCACUACUUUUUGGAACAUAAAUGAGUAAUUCAAGAGCAAGCUUAUGUGGCUUCAAGGAUUACCUCUAGGCAAAAUUUCUUGUUUCAAUUGGACCCUUUUCGCCCAAAUCAGUUGCUCUAAAGUACGGAAGUUGGUAUGACUCAAGUUGCUCUCUAUUCAAGAACAUAUAUAUCGGGUGCUUCUUCUUGAGUUUAUCAGUACUCUUACUAUUCAAGAUAUGAGGGGUGCCACCGAACUUGAAGAUAACAUCCAGUUUCAACUCGGGGUAGAGCAUCGCCAUAUGUCGAUCCGGGAGUUCACUAGAGCGAUGGACAUUUACCCGACGAGUUUCAUUGAUUCAUCUGAUGACUUGCUACCUUGACAAGGGAAUCCGACGUCCCUUGUUUCAAGUCAUUCUAUGAGACUGAAGUCGAUAAACCCGAUAGUCGACAAUGGGAAGUGAAGUUAUCAAAAGCCAGUGAGGUGAAGCCGGAGUGGCGGCUCAUACACCACGUGAUUGCUAGAUCCGUUGGAGGAAGGAACCGGAGCAAGGGAAACCUAACUUCUCGAGACGUCACCUUGUUUCAUAGCAUGCAUCUUCCACGAUCUCUUCAUCUUGGGUUGUCUAUCUUAUCUAUAUUCAAGCGUUACGAGACGGAUCACUGACUUGUCGCACUUCACAGAGGAGUGUUUGUCACCCGACUUGCCAGAUAUUUCCAAGUUGACUUCGGAGGCGUACAAUUUCGAAUGGAUAGCAGGACCGCUCUUAUGUCCUUCGAGGUUUUGAAGUCAAAGUUUAAGAUGCUACACAUGAGCAAUGAUGGCAUUUGUGGGGUUCAAGGAUUCCCAUUUCCAACCACCAAUACUAUGGAGAUGGAAGGGACAAUUUUACGUCUUCCGAAAGUUAGAAUGGCUAGGGGCCGAAGAGGUUUGGCAACCGAGGAAGAUCAAUAAGAGAGUGUGCAUGAAGGAGGAGAGGCGCCUAUUCCCACUCUUCGGCCGAUUCACCCACCGAGCAACAAUGCAAGAGAUUAUAGGAUUGAGGUGAUGAUAGCUGCUAUCCUUCACAACCAACAGAGGGAUAGGGAAGCGCGGCUACAUAUCAUGGCGUCCGUGCACACGAUCAUGGAGAAGAUGAACAUUCCUAUCGAUGAUGUACCGAGCACAUUCAAGCGCUUCACCUCUCUAACACUCCUACAUGAUGAACAAGAAGGGCCCUCCGAUGAGGAAUGGGUUUUAGGCAUCCAGGGCCUACGUUCUAUCUUUUCUUUUUCUCAGCUUUUCUUGAUUUCAAAUUAAAACUAUGUUUAAUUAUUGCUUUAUUUUCUUUUUACUUUUCGUACUUUAAUUACUCUAGCACUAGUAGUAGUAUUAGUGCUUAUUAUUAUAUAUAUCGUACCUAUAACUCCUAUUCAUCUUCCUCUCUAUUUUAUGCACUCUAUUGUUGUGAAAACCACCAGGAAGACAAAGACUACACUUGUGAACCUUCACCAAACCACAACACGAUCUAUGGUAACAUUCACGAUCUUUUCUUUGGAAACUCCCAUAUUGAGGACAAUGUGUUGCUCAAGUGUGGGGGAUGUUUGUGUUUGUUUGAAUGUCUAUCAUGAUUGGUUGAACCGUUGAUUGUUAGUAUCCUCUAUUGUUUGUGAAUGUAAGACGUUGAUAAACACUUAUGGGAGUGGUGCUGGCAAUAGUUUUUAUGUUGUGGUGAUGAGUGGUGAAAUUUUAGUGUUUGGAACCAUGAAUGUUACACCCAAAUUUAUUCAAAUUUGAGGGUUCCAAAACACCUUGUCCUUGCAAUUACCUACUCGAUGUGCUUUGAAUUGAUUAGAUUGAUUGAUGUGUGGUGCAUCUUAGGUGAUAGUUGCAUAGUUUGAGUAUCAGUACGUGAGGGAUUCUACUACUUUAUUCCUCUUUUACAAUGCAGUCAAAAUCGGGAAUUUGAUUAUAAAAUCGUAGGAUUUUAGGAUUUUACUUAGGGAUUCCGAUUCUGAUUUUACUAUAAAAUCAGUGGACCUUAAAAUCGUUUAAAAUUGGGAUUAUAAUCGUAUGAGAACAAAAUAGGUGGUUUGAGCCAAUUCAAAAGAAGCAUAACCAUUUUGGCGGAAAGGCCAAUGAUGGGGAUCUUCUCAAAUAUAUAUCCUACUAAAAAAUUUUAAAAAAUAAAAAUAACAAAAUUAGAGCUCGGUCAAUCACUUUCCCUUUGCCCAUUUUAACUCAUCGGUAAAAUAGUUGUCAUAAUAUUGGAAGUACGUAAGAAUUAACAUCGUUAUUAAAUUAUUAAUUUAAUAAUAAAUAUAUCUGUACCAAGCCACUAACAUGAAUUAUUCUAUUGGAGUUCAAUUGUUCUUAGUUUUAAAUCAUGCUUAGUAGACGAUGUCGGAAUAUUACUUUGAGUUAAACUAUAUAGACACAACGUAAAAACAAGAGCCAAACCCCAUGACCUCUUUCCCUUUCUCGUGAAUUAUUUUGAGUUAGGCAUGAAAUAACAAUUAAAAUGAUGAUUUUGGAACAUUAAUCUUGGGAAUUAUCAUUUUAAAUGAUAUGUGUAUUUGUGGUAUUAAUGAUUUACCUUCUUAAUAUUAUUCUAUGUUAUGUUCUAUAUGGUACUUAAAAUCCUACGAUUUUAUGAGUCGAUUUUAAGAUUCCGAUUUUACUCUAGUUUUCGAUUUUAGGUAAAAUCUCGAUUUUGAUUACAUUGCUCUUUUGUGAGUCGAUAAUGUUUGCUACCUUAGGAAGGCAUUGUGCGCGGGAUUCUCACCUUUGUGUGAACUAGGAACUUUUAUUAUUUGUGCUUAAGAAAAGGAAAAGAGGUUCUCACGUGAGUGGCAACCGGGGAAAGAAUUCAGAUAGCUUUAUUGCAUCCCGAUCAUCUCUUACUAUUUACCGCUCCCCAAACACCUCUCCUCCUCACGGAAUUGUAUGUUAAGGACCGAAGGUACCUUUUAGCGAUUCACGAGACCUCAUAGCUCUCGUUUGUACCUGACAUGUGUGGCAACCCAAUGUGAGGUGAGGGUUGGGACAUGGUGUUGGUGCUAAGAUGAAUCCGACCAUCAACUUCCCCACAUGUGACCAUGAAAGGGAAGGCUAUGAUUCAUCCACUCUUGGCCAUGAGGGAGAGAUGCUAGUAUGCAGUGAAGAAAAUUGCAAAAGUUUU